AACUCAGAAACUUCUCACUGUAACUCAGCCGAACUCACACCUCCUGUCACCAUGUCCUACAACUGCUGCUCUGGAACCUUCUCCUCCCGCUCCCUUGGGGGCCACCUGCGCUACCCAGGCUCCUCCUGUGGCUCUUCCUACCCCAGCAACCUGGUCUACACCACGGACCUCUGCUCUCCCAGCACCUGCCAGCGGGAUUCCUCUCUCUACAGUGGCUGUCAGGAGACCAGCUGUGAGCCUAUCAGAUGCCAGGCAUCCUGCUGCCCCCAGAGGACCUCCAAGCUCUGCAGUCCCUGCUGGACAACUUACCCCGUGUCUCUGGGCUUUAGGUCCAGCAGCUGCAGCUCUCUGAGCUCUGGAUCCAGAAGCUGCUACUCACUGCGUUGUGGAUCCAGAGGCUUCAGACCCCUGGGCUAUGGAGUCUGUGGCUCCCCUUCACUGAGCUAUGGGUCCAAUUUCUGGUACCCAAUCAACUUUCCUUCCAGAAGUUUCUGUUCAUCUUGUUACUGGCCAAUUUGUAGAUCUGGCUUCUACUGAUUAAUUCAUAGAAGAGCCAAAUCCAUUUGAGAAAUUCAGAUUCUGUGCUAUUAUCUAUUAUCUCAAUUUCCUCUGUUGAAAAGUAUUAAAAUUCCUUGAUCACCAACAACUCUUUACCUCUCCAGCCCUCAAGCACUAAUUGAUAGAUGAAUUCCGUCAACCUACAAAAUUAAUGAGAAAUUAAAAUUGAAUUGCAGACAGAAUUUAUUGUUUUGCACUUCUCCCAAAGAUAGAUGGAAAACCAAAUAGUUUAAUUUUAAUAAACUCUGUAUUCUGCUA